CUGGCCUGGGUGCUGCCUGCAGUGGUGAUCCGAUUCCGACCGACGCAACGUCGCUGCUUCCUUCCUCCCUUCCCUUCCCUUUCCUAUCCUUCCCUUAUCAUCGGUGCUACGUUACCAGUAUAUAGCUCUGUCGUGUUGUCCCAUGUGAGCCGGUGGAUGUUCGGAAGCAAGCUUUGUCGACAGACAGAUGGGGAAGGCGGGGCGGUGGCUCAAGAGCAUCUUGGCGGGGAGGAAGAGCGGCGUCAGAGACAAGGCGCUGCGGCAUCAGCAGCAGCAAGGCGACGCCACUCCGCUGCCGGCCGCGAGCAGCCCCCGGGAGAAGAGGCGCUGGAGCUUCAGGCGGCCCGCGACGGCGCCCACGAAGCAGGAGGGGAAGGCCAAUAACGCGGCGCCGUCCCCGUUGUCGUCGCUGGAGCCGUCGGCGCGGGAGCUCGACCAGAGCGAGCACGCCGUGGCAGCGGCGGCGGCUGCCACCGAGGUGGCUCGUCUGACGGCUGCUGACGAGAGCCAUCUGUCAGUCAGCUGCUGCCCCGUCGAGGAGGCGGCCGCCGUCAGGAUCCAGGCCACCUUCAGAGGCUAUCUGGCUCGGAAGGCGCUGUGCGCGCUGCGCGGACUAGUGAAGCUGCAGGCGCUGGUCAGGGGCCAGCUGGUGAGGAGGCAGGCCAACGCCACGCUCCGCCGCAUGCAGGCCCUCGUCGACGCGCAGUCCCGCCUGCGCGCCCAGCGCGCGCGCAUGCUGGACGCGGACCACGCCACGCCGCCAGCGGCCUACCAGCGCCGCUCACCGCACCAUCCCAUUCCGAUGCGCCGCAGCUCCUACGAGGCGAUGGACCGGUCGGGGGAGGAGCACGUGAAGGUCGUGGAGAUGGACGCCGGCGACCCGGCGCGACGCGGGCGGAGCAGCUGCUCGGCGGCGGCCACCGAGUCCAGGGAGCGCCGCCUCGCCGAGUACUACCACCACGGCGGCGGCGGGCAGUGCUCGCCCGCGCCGUUCCUCUUCGCCCCCGACCUCAGCCCGCAGCGCGGCGACAGCGGCCACCUGGAGGACGUGUUCGCGUUCGACCCCGCGGCGACGGCGCGCAGCAGCCCGUACGUGGCCCCCUACGACGACGCCGCCGACGCCUACGGCGUCGUCCCGAGCUACAUGGCCAACACCGAGUCGUCCCGCGCCAAGGUCCGGUCCCAGAGCGCGCCGCGCCAGCGCACCGACGCGGCGCUGGAGCGCCAGCCCAGCAGGCGCCGCGCCCAGCAGGGCGCGCCCAGGAAGAUGCAGCGCUCGUCGUCGCACGUCGGCGUGCCGGCGGCGGCCGCGUACGGGUACCCGGCGCAGCCGUGGGCGGGCGUCAGGCUGGACCGGUCCAGCGCGUCGCUGGUGGGCAGCGAGUGCGGCUCGACCAGCUCCGUGCUCACCGCGGCCACCGUCGGCUACUGCCGCUCGCUCGUCGGAUUCGAGGUCCACCGGGGCCACUACUGAACAGCAAGUUGAUCACCAUUGCAAUGUUGUACUUGUACCGAUCCAUCUAUUGCCUGAUGAUGGUUCUUGUGAAAUAUUAGCUGUGUGCUGUUGUUGUUGUUGUUCUCGUCAAUAUGUAAAUUCCAAAUGUCAACUGCAUGUGUCGUCCUUAAUCCAAAUGCAUAAUGAUUCA